UGGCCUUUAAUUGAUGGCGCGUCCGGCAGCCACUGACAAAACCCAGCUUUUCGUCAUUUUGCACGGAAGGAAUCGCUGACGUGGAAACUGCGCUAGGAAUGGGGAAAAUGUCAGUUAUAUCCCCUCAUCACAUCAGUCACGGACAUGACGGUUUGUGUCGAAAAGGAUUGUAAUUUGUAAUGUGAUCGCCCAUUCAUUCAUUCAACAUAGCAUCGCUCGGUAUGGUUCUGAUCAAACAACUGAACAACACUGGGUCAUUAUCGUCAAAUCUUAUUUAUUUUUCUAAAUCUCAUAUCAGAUACCCCCUGCAGAGUUUCAAAACAACUGGUGCUUUAUUCUCAUUUGGAUGUUUUACAUUUUAAGGGGAGGAUUCUCCAUACUCAAGUGCUGUUGUUUAUGCAUUUUCUACACUAGUCUCAAAAUCAACUUUUGGUUUUGAGAUCCCAUGUUGGUUGGAUCGAAACAGAGGGAUUAACGCUUCAUCCUAACGGCGAGACAAGAGACGGAAAAUGGUCGUUAUGGCAACGGAGACACAGGGCAAGCCUCGUCGGGUCCACAUCCGGGUCGGAUUCUACGACAUCGACAAGACCAUCGGAAAAGGCAACUUUGCCGUGGUCAAGUUGGCCAAACAUCGCAUCACGAAAUCUCAGGUUGCAAUCAAAAUAAUAGACAAGUCGCGAUUAGACGAGGCAAACCUACAGAAGGUGUAUCGGGAGGUGGCCAUUAUGAAAAUGCUGCAUAACCCACACAUUAUCAAACUCUAUCAGGUCAUGGAAACAAAGAGUAUGUUGUACCUUGUUUCUGAGUACGCCAGUAACGGCGAAAUGUUUGAUUAUCUUGCCAACCAUGGCCGCAUGACGGAGAAAGAAGCAAGGAAGAAAUUCUGGCAGAUCAUCAACGCUGUGCAGUACUGUCACCAGAGGAGGGUGGUUCACAGAGACUUGAAGGCCGAGAACCUACUCCUUGACGCCAACAUGAACAUCAAGAUUGCCGACUUUGGCUUCAGCAACUUCUUCACGCCAGGGGACCAGCUAGCCACGUGGUGCGGCAGUCCGCCCUACGCAGCGCCCGAGGUCUUUGAAGGGCAGCGAUAUAGCGGCCCACAGCUCGAUAUCUGGAGUCUGGGUGUUGUCCUGUACGUGCUUGUGUGCGGCGCUCUGCCAUUUGACGCUAACACGCUGCCCCAGCUGAAGGAGAGAGUUUUGGCGGGAAGAUUUAGAAUACCGUUCUUCAUGUCAACAGAAUGCGAGCAGCUGAUCCGUAAGAUGCUGGUCAUUGAUCCGGCAAAGCGCUACACCAUCGAGCAGAUCAAGAACCACAAAUGGAUGCAGAUGGAGGGCGGGGAGCCGUCGCCAGUCACAAGCCCAGUCUCAGAUAUCCCAAAACCCGUCGGGGAAUUCAAUGAACAAGCACUGCGGCUCAUGCAAAGCCUGGGCAUCGACCAGCAACGGACAAUAGAGUCAUUGCGAAGAGAUGCGUAUGAUCACUACACUGCUAUCUACUACCUCCUGGUGGAGAGACUCAAACUCCAUCGAUGCAGCUUUCCCGUCGAGGGUCGAGUGGACAGCCGGUCCCGGCGACCCAGUUCCAUUUCUGACCACGCCAUUCUGCGGACUCAGGUCAUUGGAACGGGGUCCCACAUGCCGCACGUUGUGCCCGGGUCGCAACAGAGCCGGAGUCCAAUCAGGCAGCAUUCGUUAGGGAGUCACCCUACGCAGCAGCAGCAGCAGCAGCAGAUCCUGGGCUUUAGACCGGUUCAGCCAGCACCGCAGCCGACUGGAGUGAAACCUGAAGCCGCACACGCCGCGCUUCAACGGAAACGCAAGGAACCUAUCAUGCAGCAGUCGCCGUGUAUAUUCAACGAGGGGGAUGUGGUUAGCGUGCCGCAAGUCGUCAGCGGCACUCUGUUAGAACCUCUGCCUCGUAUGACUUUUAGAAAGGUGAGGUCCAUGUCCCCGAACCACAUGGUUGUGACGUCCAUUGACGAGGGCGUUGAAGUCGACAUGCCAGAGAGCGAAGGCGAGAUGGACAAAACGCCAACUGAGCAGCUGAUGGCCCAGCGCAGGCACACACUGGGUGAGACGUUUGAGCUCCCACCCAGCAUGGAGCCGACACUCUCGGACUUUGGCAUCGAGCCUCAGGACCUCUCAGCCUCGUUUGAUUCUCAGGAAGAGAUGGAAAUUGCGCAAAUAUCGCAGGGUUUUGCUCAGGGUUUGGGACAGGGGAUGUUCCAGCUGGGUUCAGGAAGCCAGUGCAAUUCGCCUGACUUGUCUCCGACGGUACAAGAGCAGCAUGUGAUCGGGGGCCAGCCUGUUAAUCAAGGAAUGACGGAGACGCUAUUACGGACUGGCAGUCAAUCCCCAACGAGCUUCAGGGAAGGCCGCCGCGCCUCGGACGGUCUCCUUCUACAGGAAUCCUUCAACCGCCAGCACAAGAAUUUGCCGCGCACCCAAGGCAUGAGUGAGCUACAUGCUAGGUUAGAUCAGCAGCAAGGCAGCGAUUUCACAGACUGCAAGAUAAUUGCAGAGCAUGCCAAACAGCAGCAAAUGCAGCAGCAUCAUCAGCAGCAACAGACUCGCCUGCUGCAGCACAUGGACUCGGUGCAGUCGACAGACAGCGGUUCGUAUUCGCAGUGUCAGGUGGGGCAACAGCCUGUCACAUGGCGCCGGUUCCCAGCACAGGUCCAACAGAACCAGCGGCAGAACCACUUCCAGGCCAUGAAACAAACCAUGCACACGGAGCCAGCGCAGGGCACCGGUUGCAGCUUUGAUGAGCUAUCCCGAGGUGUCACGCCAGCCCGCAGCCUACAGCACCACCUCAUGCAGCAACGACUCAUGCAGAAGCGACAGCAGCUACACAAGCAGUCUCAACUCAGUCAGCAGUUCCAGCAGCUGCAUCUUGAACGCCAGCCAAGUUUUGACGGCCGGCCACCACCUCCGAAUCGGGCCGAUUCCUACAAACAAGCGCAGCAACACCCUGUACUUCCACAAUUCUCCAUGAAAGAGGAGCCCAUUCGCAGUGUCACUCCACCUGGGACGUUCUCCCAAGAGUCCAGUCACCAUAGCAACCGGGAUGCCUCCAAACUUCAUUUUGGUCUGCCAAUGACGCAUCAUAGCUUUGACAACUCACAGUUUGAGUGUAUGGAUACUUCCGAAGGACCCACUAACCAAUCAGGUUUUUCAUACACACCAUGCUAAUUUGCCAUAGCAACCAACAAACAAAACUUGCCAAAUGUUUCUAAAAAAAUGCAUCUCUCUGUAAAAUCUCAUGCUAAAGUAUCCAUUUUGAAACGGAUAUAUCACUUUUAUGACGUAAUUUAGUGAUGGAGUUUUGAAACAAAUUUGUACUAACAAACAAUAAACGAUGGGGAAAAAAGGCAAAAAAACAUGUAGAUUUGGGUCGAUUUGUUUUUAUACAGGUGUGUAUUCACAAAAAGCUUGCAAAAUAAAAAUUGUUCAUGGUUUGGUUGCGUUUCUGCUCAAAAUUAGCUUCCACAAGUGUACAUUGAUAACACUUCAACAUGUGUGAGACCUUUAACAAGGAAUGUCAAAAAAUUUGCAGCAACGUAUUCAGUGCUGAGAGUCGAUUGUGUGUGCCCAUCUGGGUCAAAAUUUGUGUCAUUUGAAAGUACAUGGAAGAAACAACAGCUGUGUAAUCUAUAGACCAAUUCACACACAGUUGAAAUGGCUGUUCAGUUGUAGGAUAAAUUCACAGUAUUUUCACUAAAAUAUUUUCAGUAUUCUUAGGCAAAUGUCGAUUGCACCAACUGAUUUAGCUGUGAUGAUACAUGUAAGUCUGAGUAAAAGGACAAGCCUAAACAAUUUUUGUAACAUUCAGGAAAACAGCUGUGAAUUGUAUGAAGUUUGCUGAUCUUUCUUGACUUAUUACCUACACAGCAUUGUCUUGCUACAGAUGAGCGCACAAUAAAGGCGCAGCCAUUUUGCAUAGCAGUUCACCACUAGGUAUGGUAGCAUUUAGCAAAGUGUUUGGAUGAAAGUGUCAACGUGCUUGCACACUGAAGCAGACUUCCCAUCAUGCACUGCUUCUUUCCGCGAAACGUGUUAAUACCUGUGAAAGACAAUGUGGUGGACGUCAUAUGCCUUAAAUUGACCUUUUAUUGAUUUUUUUUCAAAGCACUUGUGUGACCAUCAUUUUUCCGAUGGCAAAUUGUACAAGUAUGUUGUCAUAGAAACACGCCAACAGUGUGAAUGUGUAGACAUCCGUGAAGUGGUGUAUAUUUUAACAUGCCACAAAUUGACACAUUGUUUUUUUUUAUUUGCAAAUGUUACCAGUGCCGUACUGAGUUUUGUAACAUUGUUUUAACCAAUCACAGUGUGUGUGAAAAUAGGUACAUUUACCAAUUUUUUACGAUUGGAUUUUCGUAAUGAAAUU